CAAAAAUUACAAAUUCUAGAAAUAGGCAGUGAAUUUCUAACGGUAGAGAGCUUCAAGGAAGCUGCUCAGCAAAGUGCUAAAGCAGCAGGCUUUGCUUUUAGCAUAUCAUCAUCAAAAGUUCUGCGUGAUGAAAAAGGCAGUCAUACUCCUUUUGUUACCUUGCAGUGUAUAAUGGGCGGUAAAUACAGAAAUAACCAUAAUAUUACUGAAGAAACUCAAAAAAGAAAGAAAUCCACAAAACGCCAGAGCUGUCUGGUUAUCUUAAAAGCCAUUUUGAAUAAAAAUAAUGUUUGGGUAGUACACUCUUAUAAAGACCAACAUAAUCAUGAACUUCUUCCCCCAUUGCAAGUCCACUGUCUUCAUCAACAUCAGAUUCUCAAUACAGAACAAAAAGAGCUGGUUCAUAUAAUGCUUAGAAGCAGAGCACCAACUCAAUUAAUUGCUGAUGCAGUACAAUGGAAAAACGGAACUAUGAAUGAAGUUGAAGAUGCAUUUAAUGAGGUGAAACAAGCAGCGGCUAAGAGUAGAGAUCCGAACUAUAUUGAGAAUUACUUUGAGGAAUGGAAAAAAGAUGCUAAUCAUGCUGGAUUAAAAAAAGUGAUAGAAGCAGCAAGUAGGUUGGAACAGGUUUUUUCGCAUAUUGAUCGCGCUUUUCGCCAACACAAAUUAAAAAUGAAUGGUGCCUUAGGAUUAAACAUUGUUUCCGCAGAUUCAUUUAUACUUAAUGACAAAAGAUUUAAACAACUGCUUAGAAAAAUUUCUAGUAAAGCCUUAUACAAACUCAAGGAUAAAUAUAAAAGCUUAAGUGAUUGUGGGUCCAAAGCUAUAUUUUUAGAUAAAAUUGAAGCUUUAGUUGCUGAGGAAAAUGUAAUUCCAAAGGCACCAUUACAUAUCAAAUCUAAAAGACAAACAUCUACUAAACGUGGCCUUCUUCGAAGUGAGUAUCAAGAUAAGGUUGACGCAAACAAAAGGAAAAGUGCAAAAAUGGAGAAAAAUAUAAAAAAAGAGAAAAAUAAAAAAAAAGAAAAAGACGAAAAAAAAACG